GUUUCUGCCUCCAACACCGUUUCUUACAACGACCGCCUUCGUGGCCAUACCCUGCUCACUCUCAUCUAGAACUUCCCGUUCUCUUUCACUUCUCGACACUCACGCUUCAUAAUGACCAACACCUCCGUCAAUCCUUCUGAAGUCGGCUGGCAAUUCGUUCCUCAGUACUACACUUUUGUCAACAAACAGCCCCAUCGUUUGCACUGUUUCUAUACUAAAGCAUCCACUUUCAUUCACGGUACUGAGGGCGAGGACGGCAAGCCGUGUUUCGGACAGCAGGAAAUCCAUGCCAAGAUUACAUCGAUCGGAUUCCAGGACUGCAAGGUCUUCAUCCACUCUGUUGAUGCACAAUCUUCAGCAAAUGGUGGCAUCAUUAUCCAGGUCAUAGGUGAAAUGUCAAAUAACGGCGAGCCAUGGCGCAAGUUCGUGCAGACGUUCUUCCUGGCUGAGCAACCCAACGGUUAUUUCGUGCUCAACGACAUCUUCCGCUUCUUGAAGGAAGAGAGCGUUGACGAUGACCAAGCCAGUGACUUCGGCGGUUCCCAGGUUCAGGAACAACCUACCGUCCAAGUUCAAGAGCCCGCACCUCCCGCUCCUUCUACACCUGCACCUCCAGCUCCACCACCUGUUGAGCCUGAGCCUGAACCUGCGCCUGUUCCUGCACCAACGCCGCCUGUUGUCGAGGAGGUCCCUGCGCCCGAGCCGGAGCCCCAACCCCAACCCAACGGAAUUCACGAGCACGAAGCUGAGUCUGCGCCUGAGCCUGAACCCGCUGCUCCUUCUGCUCCUGAACCCGUUGCCACCGCUUCCCCUCCCCCUGUUUCCCCUGUCAUCGCUCCCCAGACAUUAGCCCCUUCUCCCGCCCCUGCCGCCCAGCAACCGCCGCAACCACACGCUCCUCAACCUGCACCUGUUUCAGAACCUGUACCGCCUACACCUAGUGCGCCGCCCAAGCCCAAGUCAUGGGCUAGCUUGGCUGCUGCAGGUUCUAACAAGUGGGGUUCGGUUGCUCAGGAGACCAGGGGAAUCAGUGAGGUUCCUGCUGCUAGCAGCUCACCUGGGCCUCCAAGUGGUCCUCAGUCCCCUGCCCCUCAUGCUCGUCCUGCUGGUCAGACCCAACCACCGGCGUUGCAGGCGGCGUCAUCGGUGACCACUGCUCAAUGCUUUGUCAAGGGCGUUACCGAACAUGUGUCAGAAGCUGCUCUCAGGAGCACGCUCCAACAACGGUUUGGUCCUCUCAAGAACCUCGAAGUCGUCCCCAGCAAAGCUUGCGCAUUCUUCGAGUUCAACACCGUCGACGCUGCUCGCAGAGCUAUCAUUGCUUCUCUUCCUCCAAAUCAGGGAGGCGAGGGUGGGAUCCGUAUUGGUAAUCCUCAGGAUAGUCAUGCACACAGAGUGGUCGUCGAGACUCGCAAGGAACGUGGUGAACGUCCGCCGCCACGAGGUCCGCCUGUCAAUGGUGGUGACAGCCGUCGUGGGGGUGGUGGAUUCCGUGGACGAGGAGCGCCGGGAGGUGGGCGUGGCCGUGGUGCUGGACCUCAGAAGUAGAUCGUUUGGAUUUGCGACUGGGGGAAGGGGGUGGGUGUGUGGAAGGGAUUGAGUAGGGGGAGGUACAUGGACUGAGGGAGGUCUACCUUCAGGCCUGGGUCGGAUUACUAUUGGUAUUCGAGUCCAGUUAUUCUUUUGGUGGACUUUUUCGUUGGUUACGGUUCUCUCCUUUGCUUUUUUCUGGGUGUAGUGUGUGAUGUGAUGUGAUGUGAUGUGAUGCUGCAUAAAAGUACCAAAAGUGCUAUUUGUUUUUGUUCUCUUCUGUUCAUGAGAGUGUUGUUUCAUGACCUGAUUUGUCUUUUUCAUGUUCGUCUUUUUUUCACGAGUCCUUCCUCCUUCUCCAUUCUUGAUGUGAUGUCCCUUGCACGUUCGUUAUCGUCGACGCUUUCUCCUUGUUGUUUGCACUCUUUGGGAACGUGAUAUCUUUCGAAACCACCAAGUUCAUGUUGUGAGCCACCUAAGGACUCGGGAACGCGAUCAAUUGUCGUGUGUCUUUAUCAUGAGAUAACGAGCGCUAAUAUUGGAUCGAAAACAUUGAAGCCACAUGUACACUCAACUUGCCACUAGGUACAACAACUUCGAGCUCCAGCUCCAACUUCAAGCUUC